UCAGAUUCGAUUGUUUUCACCGACGUCCAUGGCGUUAAAGUAAUUGACUUACCAAUUGUAGUUUUCUUCUGGCUGGCAACGUUCCCUCCCCAGCGUUGCAGGCCAUCAAGGACCGGUGGGACCUCGGGGCCGUCGUAGCAGGCUCUAGUGCCGGGACAGCUUGUCUCUCCUCCGCCGUCAUGGUAACAGGCGGCGUUAGUUGGAAUGCCCUGACGUACGGGGCCCACGAGACGUCCUCUGACCGAAACGUUCUUACAUACAGGCAACAUGGAGGAAUCGGUAUAUACGAUGGAUAUAUACUGGAUACACAUUUCGGAUCCCGUGGACGUGAAGGACGCCUUAUACGGCUUUUGUCUGACACACAACAUCUACCUCAUGGUGUCCUCUACGGCAUCGGAGUCGACCCAAACACUGCCCUCGUCGUCACAGAAGCCGGAACAAGUAACGAGAGAGGGGAGGUCGUCGGUACACAUGGAGUCUCUUUGGUAGACGUAUCCAAAUCAUACGUUGACCCCUUCCAUACGUACUUCGACAUUCGUAACGUGUACAUGUCCUACUUGACAGCCGGAGACACAAUAAGCCUGGUGUCGCACAACGUCUCUGUCUCAUCGACCAAAACACUGCUGACUGGAAACGAGUCUCACACCCACGCCGUCACCUCCAGUGAUAUAUUCUACGGUGAGAGCAGCCCUACGAAGAAAACCGAGUUUCUCCGAGUGGCGGCGAGCAUUGUCGACGCGAGAAAAGACUUGUAUUCGUACGGAGACACUAACGAAAAACACCCCCGUUUCCGAGUGACGAUGUCGAAGACGGGAACACAUACAGAGAGUUGGGUUGAACGACGUGGAACUUUCAACUCCGAUAUAAUUUCUUAUAAGAAUAUGUAUCUCGAAAUUAAUGCUAAUUAAAGAUAAAAUAAUG